UUUUGUGAAGAUAUAUCUAGUUUUAUAGAACUUCUCAGAUUAUUGUGACUUAAGAAACAAGUUUUGACUUCAGACUCGGCUCUGCCCAUCCGAACUUGCCUUGGCCGCUCAGCACGAACUUGUUGGUGACGGUCCAAAAGCUCUCUUCCCAAAGUGUUCUGCAUUGUCUAUCACAUCUGAAAAUUGCAUUGCCGUACUGGAUUCUCCCUCUGUUCUGAUGCCCGCAGUGCCAGAAACAGAAAUUCCGCGUAAUCAUCUUACCCACUUCUGCUAUGUAGAUAGUGGGAAGCACUAUGAAGGUACCGCAUCUACAACUGUAAGCGGGAAAACUUGCAUGAACUGGAAUGAGGCACCAUCGAGAGAAUACAAUGUGAACAGAUAUCCCGAACUCCGAUAUGGUAGGAAUUAUUGCCGUAAUCCGGGUGGUAAGAAAACAAAACCGUGGUGUUAUUCGCAACCGAUGGGCCAAGAAGAAUACUGCGAUAUUCCGCAAUGUUCAAGGGAUAUGUUCCCACAUCUCAGAGAAGGUACUGACGGUACACAAAAUAACAAUGUUGGCCUAGGAGAGUCAAUGACGUCAAUGUGGGAGAAUUUAGCUCCUCAUUGGCAGUUGGCUGUCGUUGGUGGCGGCGUACUUACCAUACUCCUACUCCUACUACUUUUCUGCUGUAUUUGUUGCUGUAGAACAAGGAAAAAAGCGUCGAAAGAUCGUGCUGGAGCCUCUGCGGCUCAUUCUCUUCUCCCAGCCACUAAUCCUCCAUCUGUCGUUAAUAGGUAG